AUGCAUCUGAUCGGUGGUCGCACGCUUGGUCACAAGGGGAAGAAAACAGAUGAUCGUAGCAACGACAAUAUGGCAAGCGAAGAUGCGGAGAAGCGCCUUACUGAAUAUUUGGCCAAACUGGACGUUGAGAUAUCAGCGCUAAAACUGUUACUUCUCAAACGCUUUAAUGAGGUGAGGAAACGAAACAUCAGAAAAGGCUAG